AUGCAGAUCUGUUCCAUCAUCGAGAUCAGAGAUGAGGCUGCACUCACCCUCAGAGAGGCCGCCUUGAGGCGAUGGGGCAUCACAUCUGCCGAAGAGAAGCGGCAGCUCCGUUCAUACAUACUCCACCUCAUCAUGAGGAAUGGGAGUACAGCGGACGACAUCAUCACCUCGCAGCUGACAGCUGCAGUUGCCAGCAUGCUGAAGAGGGGGUGGCUGGAAAGCAGCAAAGAGGAGCAGCAUGCAUUCUUUGCGGAGACAGAGGACAUUGCAAAAUCACAGGGCACCCCAGGAGCGAGACGAGCCAGCAUCAAAGUCCUAGAGGCUGUGGUGACGGAGUUUUCGCCGGCUACUGCGAGUCCACUGGGCCUUCCUUGGGACUACCAUGAGCGGUGCAGAUCCAGCCUGGAAUCAGAUUACCUGCAGUCCUUCUUCGUGCACGCCAGCGGUAUUGCGCGAGGAUCGGCUGCGGCAGCUGUGGAAGGCAGAGAUGAAGGCCUCUGCCAGGCCUGCAUGUCUCUGCUCACUGCCAUACUGUCGUGGGAUUUCAGGCAAGGGGCCUCCCCUAUCCCUGUCUAUGGUGAUGGAAGGACGACCAACAAUAGUAUGCUGGUCAAGCCAGAUCCUGCUUGGCGCGAUACUCUGCUGUCUGCGGAGGCUGUGGACUGGUUAAUCGCUUUAUUGAACGCUCGAAGGGGACAGCCUGAGUCUCCUCUGGCGGCAGCCUCCCGGCAGUUGCUGGUGAUGUUUUGCUCUAUCUCUGGGGACAUCUUUCCAAAAGCAGCAGAGCAGCAGCGAGCAGAGCUGGGCCUGCAGCACACCACGAGUGCCAAAGAUGCCCACCUGCAGCGCAUGCUCCCAGCUAUUCUGCCCUGCAUUGCCCCUCCAGAAGCAGCGCUACACAGAGCUGCAGCAAACAAUGAAGCAGAGCUGCUGGAUGCAUGCAAGGCUUUGGCUGUACUAGCCCAGGUUCACAGAGCAAGCGGCUUUGUCCGGGCAAUAGUUGAUGACAGGGCAGGGGAGGGCGGGGUCCUAUCCAUCAUUGCUGACCUUGCAAGGGCAUGCAUAUCAGCGGGGGGGAUGUCAGAGGCAGCAGAGGGCACCUGGACAGCUGAGGCCACAGACUUGCUGCUGGACACCUGGGUGGAGCUCCUCUAUGAGCGUGUUGGCUGCAUAUCCCAACGGUCCGGCGAGGGCCCCUCAGAUGCAGAGGCGGCAGCUGCCGCGAAGGUGUUCCAGGCGCUGACAGAGGGGGCGCUGAAGGAUGCAGUGGACUGCGCGCACCUGGACGAGGAGGAGGGAGAGGCGGCGGACGAUGCAGGCGUCGGAGCCAUGGCCGGCCGCGAGGACUGGUUUGCGUGCGCGGCCGCCGUCGGCCGCGCCUCCGCGGCUUUCAGCGCCGGCCUUCUGACCAAGCGCAUCCAGCAGAAGCAGCAGCACCUGCAGCACUGUGCUGCCGCAGGUCAGGAUCCUGCUGAGCCGCUAGAGGAGCUUCACUGGCUAACGCGAAUGGCUGCGCACCUGCUUGCGGACUCUGGAGAGGGAGAGACGCCGCUGGUGCCCAUGUCAGUGGCGGCCGCGGCUGCGGCGGCCCAGCCGGGGAUAGACCCUGUCGAGGGCCUGUCCCAUGCCCUGCUCGGCGUCGCUGGGCUGUGCCUGGACGAAAGGGCACGCCCAGUCGUCAGCCCCAGAUUGAUGGAGGCGGCAGCGUCUGGGGUGGCACGAUGGGCGGACACAUAUCUCAUGGCGGAAGAUCCAGCUUCGGCUGGACUGGCCAACGCCUUUGGCCUGCAUGGCGGAGGACCUGCCGUGCUGCAAGCACUGGUGCAAAUGGCCAACGUCCUGCUCAGCCAGUUUGCUGGGGAGGUGGAUCUGCACCGGGUUGUGGCGGCGCGGCUGCUGCCGGUGCUGACGCAGCAGGCCACCAUCUGCGGCUGCCUGGCGCACCUGGACGCCUGGCGCGCCCUCGUGCGCGCGUUCGCGGAGCAGGCCGAGCCCAUCCGCGCGCUGGCCGGCCCCACCGUGCGAGCCCUCGCCAAGGCCCUGACUGUGGCUGCCGGCGGCCUGCCUGACCAGGCGGCAGCCUGGCAGUACACCACGCACCUCAUGCACACCCUCACAGAGGAGGUGUCCAGCAUUGCGGGGCGGCCGGACUUGGCGGGCAUUGCCGAGCGGCCGGACAUGAUGGCGCGCGUUGGGUAUCUGCUGGAGGCUCUCCGCGGCAGCGUUCGCGGCACCUGCCCCAAAGCGCAGCCCGCGCUCUUCUCUGUCGCCUCUGCCAUCAUGAACCCAGUGGUGAGCCUGCAGAGGAUCUACCACAACCAGCCAGCUAUUUCUUGCCAGCUGCUCAAGCUCGCCGCAGACGUGGUGGAUGCCCACAUCUCCUUUGUCCAGGUCAAGGAUGCAAAGCUACUAUGCGAGUGGGUACUGCACUUGCUCCAGCAGUACUCAACUUAUAAUCUGGGCCAGGUGUCAUUGGCAGCUGCCGCGCGACUGCGGGCAGAAGCUGCAGCAGAUUCCUAUAGGGAAGUUCGAGCAUUGAUCAAGCUCUUGAUGAACCUGACCAUCCGUGAUGUGGUGGACUUUGGUGGCGAUUCUGACCAGCCAGGAGGCCAAGUGAACAUUGCUCAGGUUGUCUUCCUUGGUCUGGGGCUUGUCAUACCCCUGGUGACCGGAGAGUUGUUGCAAUUCCCAAAGCUGGUCAGAUCAUUUUUCAACCUCAUGUCUUACAUGCUGGAGAUAUACCCCGACCAUGUGGCAGGCCUUCCAGAGGCGCAGAUGCGGGUGGUGCUAUCCACCCUGGAGUUUGGGGUGAAUUCCACAGACCUGGAGGUCGUGCAGGGGUCCCUAGAGGCCUUGGCUGCACUCGCCAGCUGUCACCACUCUGCCGUGUCCUCAGGCGCAGAUGGCAUCGCAGCUCCUCAAGGAGGAGGCAGUCUGCUGGGGGGUUUCAUGGAGCUGGUGAUUCGACGGCUGCUGCUGGAAGACCUGGGAAAGGACACCCUUGAGCUGGCGGCUGAUGCUCUGUUCCCCCUCAUCCUAUCCCACACCGCAGCCUUCCAGUCACUUGGUGACAAGCUGCUUGCGAGCCAGCAGGAUCCUGCCGCACAAAGCGGCCUGAUCAGGGCAAUGAAUGAACUGCUGACAACGAACGGAAUCGAGAACUCCACUGACCGCGCUAACAAACGCCGCUUCCGUGCAAAUCUGACAAAGUUUGUUGUUGCUGCGAGGUCAAUCGCCGGGUUCCACGCUAGCGAAGUUGGAGUGAAGAGAUUGGCGGCUCGUCUUAUGGCCGACCCCAACCUCAUGAGCGCGCUGCUUGAGGACGUACUGCAGACGUGCCAAGCAUUCCUAGACCUUGCACAUGGGAUAUUCUUCUCAGAAAGGUGGCUGGGAUUGAGUGGCAGUGAAUUAUUUGCAGAUAUCAGCAUGCACUUGCGCAGCCUCUUAAAAGAUCAUGUUCUACCUCUGAUUUGCUCCAUCAUCACCAACGCCCCAGAACGCAAACUGAAUGAUGCAUUUGACAAUGCACUCAGCGAGGCAUUCCAGAAGCUGCUCGCCCUAGGUGCUGUGAAAAGAGAUGUCCUCUCCGCCUUGAUCAGCAGCACAAGGGAAGCCUUCUCAGCAUGGUCACUCACCACUGACAGCAACAACUCAAAGGUCCUGCGCUUCUUCCUGCAGCAUGUUGCCAAAGUCCUUGCGGCCAACCCCAUAGCUAUUCGGCCAUGCUUGUCAGAGCUGGCGGCCAUGCUGGCGGAGAUACAGGCUUCCUUCAUCAGCUGCAUGGAUGAGACCGAUGCUGCCAGAGCUCAGAUCCUUGCAGAGGCGAGGAGUGCUCUUGGCAAAGUCACAGCCGAGCUUUCCACCUGGCUGUUUGCGCAACAUGACUGUGCGGAGCUCCUGUCAGAAAUGGUGUCUGGCCAAGGGCACAUGCCUCAUGCCUCGGCUGACAGCCGAUUGGGACUGAUUGUGAGCAUCCUCCAGACCUGCUUCAGUGCAGCGGCAGAUGUAAGGCUCAUGGCGGUCAGGCAUUCAACCCCUGAACUGGCCAGGGUCCACAUCCAUGCGAUGCUCAGUGCUGCUGUCAACGUAGCAAUCCUUGAUGGUGCCGAUUCGGAAUUCCAGUGCCUCGUCUCACCAUUGAUGGGUCAAUUGGUAUCCCUUACUGCAGCCCUCAUAUCUGCCACGCCGGAUCAGAUGCGCUUCGAUAUCUGCCAAGAGCUGCUGAAGAUGGUGGAAUCCCUGGCGUCUGCAGUGGAGGAUGCACUGAAACAGGCUUCUGCACAAGCCAUUCAGCCACCAUGUGUUCUCCCAGCCCUCUGUGUGGCAGAAAUGCUUUGUGGACUUCAGGCCAAACGACUGGCGGAAAACAUUGUGCAGGUCGUGGAGAUCUGCCAAAGGAAUUCACAGGCUGCAGCCCUCACUGCAGCUUUUGCUGCGCACUGCGACGAGAUUCAGGCAACCCCAACCAAGCUGUUCAACGCCAUGUUGACAGAGGAACACUGGGCACUGCAGCAUGAGGCAAUGCUUGCUUUGUUGGGGUUUGCUCGCUCACCAUCCACAGACUUCAAGGCUGUGCUCCCUCGCCAGCUGUGUGAUGAAGGUGAAGAACCGAGCGCUGCCUUCGUCCAGCUGCUGAUGCAGUACAUGCAGCGCGCAAACUCAGGCGACAAAGACACGGAUGACCGUCUCAGCACCAGUGCAUGCGCUUCUGCACUCAGCACAGCAACCGCUGGCCAGCACACAGCCAGACUCCAGAGCCUUGCUGAGAAGGCUCUCAAGGUAUCUGCAAACAGGGAGCAGGACAUCAUUGCCAUGGCCAUGGAAGGAGCAUGCCAGGACAUGGCGAAGAAGGGGCAGCUCUUGCGCAAGGAGCUCAGUGAGAAGACUCGCAAGGCCAUGGAGUUCAACAUUUUCAAGCAGGGGCUGAAGGAGAGCAGUGCCGUGGAUGCCAGCCUCAGCCCUGCUCAGGUUGCGGAUCAGCUGAAAAAGAGCCUGGCAACCUCCAAGGAGCUGCACACAGCGAUGGAGAGUCUGGUGGAGAACAGAAAGAAGGACCGCUCUGCUCAGGAUCUUUGGAACGCCGUCCUUGUGACUGCGCGAGAAGUUCUUGGCCUGUGGGGAGUCGGGGCUUCAUUCAUCCUGACAGGCAACUUGCUGGCCCCGCUCGCAGCCUCUGUGGCGGCAGGCACGCUGCGCUCUGGGUUCACUCGCGUCCAGGCUCCCAAGAUGCGCAGGAGGCGCGCUGAACUCCUGUCAAAGCUGGAGAAGUCCAUGGCCCAGAAGGAGAAAGAGAUAGCUGCCAAGAAAGAUGAUCUGAGCAACGAUGAAGGAAAGGCUAGCCAUGACGAGUGA